AUGGCAUCCAUGCAUCUUUUUAACACUGUUCCUCUGCUCAUUAUCGUCCACAGGUGGCACAGGCUCCAUUCAAAAACGGGCAAAAAGGAGAAGGAGCGCGGGGAACUUCAGUUGUCUGUCCAGUUCACACGACACAACCUGACAGCCAGCAUGUAUGACCUCUCCAUGAAGGACAAACCUCGCUCUGCUUUCGACAAGCUCCGAGAACGUAUGCGAGCUAAGAAGCGCCCUGCUGAAGAAGACUCCUCUUCUGCUAUUGUUCCUGGAGGAUACGGAGCACUGGCGCGAAUGCGGGGGCGACUGCCGAGCGAUGGGGGCGGCGAAGAAGACUACGAGGAUGAUGAAGGAGGGGAGGCCCGCAGGAGUAAGAUGAGAAGCUUUUUCCUGCGUGGGAGGUUGAGGAAGUCUUCAGAUACGCGCUCCAGCACGUCACUGGGCUCUGAGAGCAGCGAGUCUUCAUCGCGGGGCGGCAGCCUGAGCCCUACAGCGGGCAUCAGUGUGGUGGUCUCUGAUCUGUCCAACUCACCCAGUAACAGCAGCAACCUGACUGCAGACAACAGUCCAGAACACACAGUCGCUCCUUCGCCACAGGUUUCUCCCGUCAGACAUGUGAUGUAUGACAUCAGCUUACCAGUGCCUCAUUCUGUGAUGUCAGACAACGACACCCCUAUCCUGCUUCCUUCAGUGUGUGUGAACGGGAACCCGGUGGAAACGUCUCCACUCACCCACCACCCGCCGACACUCGUACUUCAGCAUCCUCAACCAGAGUCAACCAAACUAAUAACUCAGUCAGGUCAAUUACAGGCAACAAAGCUGCCAGCAAAGCCAGAGAAAUCCCAAGAGUCAAAGCCAAGGCCCGAACCCCGGCUCAGAGCCCUCGGAUUGCUUCAAAAAGGCUCCCUUUCACUCUCCCUGCAAAACCUCUCUCGCCACGGGGAAGAAAAGCAGAACGGUGGCCCGGUGGAUGGACGGCGCUGGUCCUUCGAUAAACCUGGCGAGGAAGAAAAAGCCGCCAUUGUUGCAGCACUAGAGCAUGCUGGGAGAGUUACAAAUGAGCCUGUGAAUGAAACAGUGAUACGUGCUGGAGAGACAGAGACUCAGGGCAAGAAAAGGAGGGGCUUGUUUUCACAUGGGAAAGGUGAUUCGACUGGUAAAGGACCAAUAACGAGCAAAGAGGAAACAGAACAUGCUCAACCACUUGUGGAAGUCAAACACAAAGGAUGGUUCAGCUCCAAGGACUCGCACAGUAAACCCAGGUGUGUAUGCUGUUCAUUGUUUGCCCGCUGGUUUCUCCUCAGUCAGACUUCGGUGCCAAUACAAUCUGUCCCAUUGUACCCUUGACCUUUAAUGGUCCUUUAAAGAAUAUGACUGAAAACACCAAUACCUUUACUUCCCCCUCACCUCUUUAUAAAGCCUGUCCCAUCCUCCCACUUGCACAGCAGA